UGCGCCCAUGCAUGCAUGCUGGCAUGCUUUCAAGUAGAAACCGUGGAAUUGUAAUCACUUUUCUUGACCACCGACCUCGGCGAAGGAAGCUGCAUCUGUCGCCACCACAAGGAGUACACUCGUGCGGGAAAACGCAUAUCCAGCCACCAAUAACCCCACCACCAGCAGGCCCAACCAUAUGGCCGUGCGCGACACUCCAUUAACGUCGGUGUUGACCCGCCAAGACAGCGGGUAUUUCCAGCGAGACAACAUCAGCUAUACCAUGAGCGAAGGACCGCGCUCGACACUCUUCGAUAAGCACCUCGAAGAGCUGUACUCGAGCGACGACCCCGUGGACGGCGUCGCGUUCUUCGAAUCCGCAGGGUACUACGACGAAGUGGAAGGGAAUACCGUGGCAGGAUUCAUCCAAACGUGGGGCCGGCAGACGUUUUGGGGCGAGGACAACCCGCCGACGACCAUGUCGUCGGACGGCACGUUGACGUACGUGACGACAAAGUCGGAUCGCCAACACUUUGACGACGGCGAAGACAAGGCGUCCCUGGACGAACUCUUCCACGACUACAUGCAGAGCCGCGCGGCCGUGUCCAAGAUCCACUUUGAAACGCGCAAGCUGCGCAACAACUUGGAGCAAACGUCGUGUCGGAGCGGCAAGGACACGAUGGCGGCGAUCGACAGGCUCCGCCUCAAGCUGCUGUGCGACACCGACCUCGAGGAUGACACGGACGACGACAUGGACAGCGAGGCGUCGUUCACCGGCAACUACCUCAUGGGCAUCAACCUGAACCUGCCGGCGUCGGCCAUGGCGCCGUACUUUGGCCACUUGCGUGUGCUGAAGACCGGGCGAGUGCACUUGUUUGGCAGCUUUAACAAGCGAUGGUUUUAUCUGGACUUUGCCAAGGGCGAACUCUCGCUUUUCGCGCGCAGUUAUUGGAAAUCGCCCAAGGGCAGAGUCGACUUGCGCGCCGUGGCGCGGAUAUCGCCGAUAAACGACACGGACUUCACGAUUGAACUCGCGGGGGAGCACAGCGUGUACGUGCGCGCCAACACGGUCGAGAAGAUGCAGUCGUGGAUUACACUGCUAUUGUACGCGAGGAAGCACGCCCGCCUGCACGAUCAUACCGUGUCGCAGAGGGCGAUCCCGAGCCACGCGUUCAACUCGACGCCGCCGACGCUGCGGACCCAGCAGCCCCAUGUGUCAAGUGUUCGGUCGUCGCCCGUGCCCAGGACAUUUCAGCGCUCGCAAUCGUGGAACCCGGGCAAAUUGUUUAAAAAGUUUGGCCCGUCGUCCACUGCCGCAUGAAAGUGAUGUAUAUAUAUAUAUAUGACAAAAAAGAGUACGAAAUACCAGAGGCAAGUCGAGCCACCAAGAAAGCAAUUGGACCGCUGCCCAUAUAUAUAUAUAUAUAUAU